AGGACUUAGAAUAAUAAUCUGGAUUAACUUUAGCAUGAAGGUAAACAAAUAGAUGAUGGAUUUAGAUUUGUGUCGUUGUUUCUUACACAACAUCCCACCCCAACAUAAAUGGGCUCUUAUCAAUCUUCAGGACCUUGAAGAUGAAGGCACCAUAGAGAACUCGUGGUACCAGUUGCUUGAUGAACGAGCUAUUGGUUUUGAUGAAUCAAACAACUUAAACACACCCCCCGAUCCUCGCGUUGUGGAUUGGGGGAAACAGCCAGACGUAUCCAGCCUGAAGCAGCAAAUGCAAUCUUUACAAAACGAGCAGCUAAGGUUGUGCUACGCCUCAGCGCUCACAGCCCCCUCGGUGUCGCGCAUCACUAAACAAGUGUUUAUCGCCACUUACCACUAUAGGGCAGUAGCGGGCUCGUUCGGAAAUUCCAACAAAGCUGAUAAAAACGUUACCAACGAUGUUGUGUCAAGCGAUUCCUCGCAUGCAGUAGAAAGGAAACCAGUAAGGAAUCCUCUCGAUAAACUACGUAACAUCGGGAGUCGAUAUAUUCUCUCCUUUGCCUUUUCUUACUUAAGGCGAGCAUGGAGAACGGGGGAAGAUACGGACCUGUGUACAGAACUGUUGCAGGACUCGCUUGAUUCGUUUAGAGAAUUUGAACCUGGUUCAUUAUUCGACCAAUCACAGCUCACUCCAACCUGGUUGGAUAUUCUUGAAAGAUCGGAAAAGUUUUUACGUUCAGUUGCUGGCUGUCCAUCCACAAGAGGGAACAUUCCCCUUACUGACCAACGCGUUGCUUUAAACUUAUUAUUGGAGUUAUCGAUCCAACGUGGUAGACUUGGUGGCUUGCUUGAUGUCAUCGCGUAUCUUCUUAAUCUAUGGGAAUCAAAGAUGCUUCCGGAUAACAUGGUUGAAUAUUUAUUUGAAUGA